AUGUCGUCCUCUGUCUUAGGAUUCUCGCCGUGGCGGAAGAGAGCUUCCAGCUCGGUUUCACAGAUGGAUCAGUCACACAAUGAUCGCACAGACGCGGCGAGUCACGCUGGGAGCUCGACGCUGGAAGCUGGGACCUUGCAACACCAGCAGCUCUCUUCCUCUGUUGGAUCUCAGCAAGGAUAUAAAGAACCCAUUCGCUCCUUCAUCCAUGCUUCAAUGCGAGAUCAAUUGGGAGUAGUUCCGGUGGACAGCGCGCAGAAUGCGAGGAGUGUUCGCGAAGAUACCGCCGAGCUGGCAAGCUAUUUGCUGUCCGAUGGCUCAACACAGCGUCGCCCGAGCUUCCUCCAGAGAAACAGACCGUCAAUUCAAGAUGUAUUCGGCCCAGAGUUUGGAGAUGCCGAUUCCAUUGAGGGAGGCAUGAGCAUACGCCCUUCGUCAGGGACAAUACCUGAAGUAUCUGAGCCGCCGUCACCGGAAGAUAGAGAGGAUGGAGAGAACGCAGUGAGAGAAGAAGGGCCUUCUGCGCUUGCCAAUCUACUCAAGAAAUCAUCUCCUCCAUCGUCGUCGUCACACGUGGAUGAGACACAACAACAGUCACAGACGGGCGAACCCGAAGUAUCAGAGGCAUCAGAGUAUACUCCUCUUCUCGGCAGGCAGGAGUCUGGAUCAGGAGCCAGUAGCAGUGUCGAUCUCGAUAUCGAAGGCCAAAAGACUCAAGCUCGACGAAGGUGGCUGCGUGGACUUGCCGAGCAACGUCAGAAAAUGGAGCAUCAUCUCGGCCAAAUCGCAAAGGUAGCAUCUAGUCCACGUAGUUGGAAUCGAAGAGCCAUUUGGGAGACUAUCGUGGUGGAGCCAGUUUCCUGUCUUCCAGCCGUUGCCGUUGGUUUACUUCUAAACAUCUUGGACGCCCUGUCAUAUGGCAUGAUCUUGUUUCCACUGGGAACUCCUCUAUUCUCUCAUUUGGGAUCUGCUGGUAUUUCUAUAUACUAUGUCAGCACAAUUGUGGCACAGCUGGUCUUUUCCACAGGCAGCAUAUUCAGAGGAGCUGUAGGAUCUGAACUUAUUGAGGUCGUUCCUUUCUUCCACAAUAUGGCAGCCAAGAUUUUGGAUAUUGUUGGCGAAGACAAUCCUGACGCGGUCAUCGCCACAACGAUCGUCGCCUAUGCCUUGAGCUCUAUGCUAACUGGCCUGGUGUUUUACCUUAUGGGCCGAUUCAAGUUUGGCUUUAUGGUCGGAUUUAUCCCCAGGCAUAUCCUAAUAGGAUGUAUUGGUGGCGUUGGUUGGUUCUUGAUAGCUACCGGCUUCGAGGUUUCCGCCCGGCUGGAAGGCAGCCUUGAGUAUAACCUCGAUACACUGCAAAAGCUCAUGGAUACCAAGACAAUUCCUCUUUGGGUCUGUCCUCUUGUUUUGGCCAUUAUUCUAUUCUAUGGCCAGAUGAAGGGUGCAUCCAAGUACUUCCUUCCCCUCUUCAUCUUGGCCAUUCCACUAGUCUUUUACCUAUUUGUCUUCUCUCUUGAUACCUUGGAUCCGAGCGCGCUCCGAGAUCACGGUUGGAUUUUCGUUGGACCUCCUCCGGAUGAACCUUGGUGGUACUUUUACACCUUGUAUCAACUUCAAUUGGUGAACUGGGGUGCAAUCAUUCAGGUAAUCCCGGCCAUGUUUGCCCUAACUUUCUUUGGCAUUCUUCACGUUCCUAUCAAUGUCCCCGCGUUGGCGCUCAACUGUGGAGAAGACAAUGCCGACUUAGACAAGGAGCUAAAGCUUCAUGGAUACUCCAACUUCGUUUCAGGGUGCAUAGGUAGCAUUCAAAACUAUCUAGUCUACGCCAAUACUGUCUUCUUCUUGCGAUCCGGAGGCAACAAGCGGCUUGCUGGCUAUAUGCUUGCGAUUCUAACAUUCGGAGUCAUGGUCAUUGGCCCUAGCAUCAUCGGAUGGAUCCCCGUCAUGAUGGUCGGAACGCUCAUUUUUGACCUAGGAUUUGAGCUGCUUCUUGAGGCGGUAUGGCUUCCACGGAAGAAACUUAGGCCUGCAGAGUAUGCCACCGUCAUCAUCAUCGUCCUAGUUAUGGGCAUCUAUGACUUUGUGGUUGGCAUUGGCGUUGGAAUAUUACUGGCGUUUAUAUCACUCGUUAUCCAGACGUCAAGAGUAUCGGCCAUUCGAGCAUCCUAUGAUGGUGAAGUCGUGACAUCUACCGUCAGACGCAAUCCGUCACAGGACAACUAUUUGCAACAAGUCGGCCGGCAAAUUUACAUCAUGAAGCUCACUGGAUAUCUGUUCUUUGGCACCGUCGUCAGCGUGGAAGCCAAGAUACGAGCGCUCCUAGACGAUCACGCGUUUGCCAAGAAGCCGAUCAAGUUCCUUAUUCUCGAUAUGUGGCACGUCAGUGGGCUUGACUACUCUGCUGGUGAAGCCUUUAACACAAUCAGUCGGUUAUUGAACAACAAGGGCGUCAGCCUUAUUUUGAGUGGCAUAGAUGCCGACAGCGAACUUGGUCGAAGCAUCAGGGCCGUAGGUCUAGGCAGCGGGAAUAUCGAAGUUAUGUUGCUGCCAGACUUGAACUCGGCUCUAGAAAGUUGCGAGAACGAGUUAUUGAAAACUCUCUACGCCCGACAAGAAGAGCUGAAUUCGACGAAGCAUACUACCGCCAACCUAGAUGUUCCAACAACUUCGGCGACGCUGGCUUCCUUUGAUGCUCCGUUCAACUCUCCACGUCGCAAUCAUCUUGCUGAAGCGGCCCAGGACGCACUCAACAGUGUGGAGAUUCAACGCCGGUCCAGAUGGCAGAGCUUUAAUGAACCUCUGCGGCUCAUGUUGCAGAUUUUCCAGGGACUGAGCGACAAGAAUGAGGACUUCUGGUUCCAGGCAACUCCGUACUUUGAGCGUAAGGAAUAUGCCGCUGGCACAGUCCUUUUCAAACGUGGCGAGCCGGCAGACGGUUUCUACCUCCUUGAGCGUGGCAUCAUCCGAGCGGAAUAUGACUUGCCACAAGGCUGGUUUUGCGAAAGCAUCGUCGCGGGAACUACUUUGGCGCAAGUCGAGAGGGACUGCACUGUUUGGAUGAUGGGGCAGGAGUCUUGGAAGAGGCUUCAGCAAAAGGAUCCAGAGAUUGCAAGGGAGUUUUUGAAGAUUUCGCUGAAGCUGACGAGUGAGCGGAUGAGCGCAAUUACGUCGUAUAUUUUGACUACAGCUGGCUAA